AUGGCCGAGGAGGUUUUAAUUCCGUCGGGGAAAAUCACAUCGCAACUGACCGGCUCUUUGUUGGCGGUGGCGUUCCUUACCUCCUUUGGUAGCUCCAUGCUUUAUGGCUACAAUCUGGCAGUGGUCAACUCCCCUGCUGUUUACAUAAAAGACUUCUACAAUAAGACAGCGCUGCGUCGCAAUGGAACAGGCCUCAGUGGGGAGACCCUCACUCUUAUGUACUCUCUCACUGUCUCUAUCUUCGCUAUUGGUGGUCUGCUGGGCUCCCUCAUCGUGGGCAUACUGGUCUCUCGCUUUGGCAGGAAAGGCACAGUGGUAAAUGCAACAGUGUUGGUGUUUAUUGCUGGCUCACUCAUGGGCUUCAGCAGGAUUUGUGGUUCACCUGAGAUGGUCAUCAUUGGCCGCUUCAUCACAGGAAUCCACUCAGGCAUCUCUCUAAGUGUGGUGCCAAUGUACCUGGGCGAGAUAGCACCUAAGAAUCUGCGAGGCUUCCUGGGUCUUGUCCCAAGUAUCUUUAUUGGCACUGGAGUCUUCGCUGCCCAAAUCCUCGGCCUACAUGAGCUUUUAGGAAAGGAGGAGCACUGGCCCCUCUUUCUGUCAGUGAUAGUGGUACCAACUUUUAUCCAGUUGAUGAUGUUGCCAUGGUUCCCAGAGAGUCCCAGGUACCUGCUGAUUGAGAAGCACAACGUCCAUGCCACCAUCACAGCCCUGAAGUGGUACAGAGCCAAGUGUAACAUCCAGGCUGAGAUUGAAGAGAUGCAAGAGGAGCAGCGCUCCCUGUCCUCAAUGGAGACACUGUCAGUAUGGAAACUGUUGCUGGAUGGUACAGUCCGCUGGCAAGUGCUGAGCGUAGUCGUCAUCAACAUCGGCAUGCAACUGUCUGGCAUCGAUGCUAUCUGGUUCUAUACCAAUGACAUCUUUGAGAAUGCGGGUAUCCCAGCAGCAGAGAUCCAGUAUACCACAGCAGGGACUGGAAUUAUAGAGAUCAUCGCUGGACUCAUUGGGUGUUUCUCCAUAGAGAAGCUGGGCAGGAGGCCUCUCAUGAUUGGGGGUUUUUCCGUGAUGGGCAUCUGCAGUGCGGGAAUCACAGUAGCCCUCAUUUUACAGGCUCACCUAUCAUUCAUGCGCUACGUCAGUGUCUGCUGUGUAGUUGGCAUCAUCGCUGGCUUCUGUAUCGGUCCAGCGGGGGUUCCUUUCCUGAUCACAGCAGAGCUGUUUAAACAGUCCCACCGCCCGGCGGCCUACAUUGUUGGAGGAUCACUCAACUGGCUGUCUAACUUCACUGUUGGCUUCGUCUUCCCCUUCUUACAGAUGUCAGCAGGGUCUUACUGCUACUUGGUGUUUUGCACCAUCUGUCUGGCCGUGGCAGUUUAUGUCUACAUUGUGAUCCCAGAGACCAAAAACAAGACAUUCAUGGAGAUCAGCCGGAUGUUCUCUAAGAAGGAGGCAGUGCUUGAGACCCAAGGCCUGGCCCACGUGGACCAGCUAAAACUGAAGAAGAUGAAUGGCUACGGUGGUAUGGAACAUACUUCACUGGAGUUCGACAGUUCUUCUUCUGUACCCUAACUGAGCUCCAGGUUUUCACUGGGACUGCAAAACUAUUCAUUACUUCUCUUUGCCAUUCCACCAUUGUAAUAUGUACACAUUAACCAAACACCACUUAGCCUGGACUCAAUGGGCUCUGGGAGGAUGUACUGUAAAUCAAGCAAUUAAUAUACAGUGCAGUAUGCAGUUCUGGCAUUUGCAGUUGUUUAUUAAUUAUUUUUUUCAGUCUGAGCCAUUAAAGGAAAAGUCCAGCUAAAUUAAACUGGGUCUUAUUUUCAUAGAUUUGGCAGUUCUUCCUAUCAGUACUAAUAAAAUUGUUUUCACCAAACCAGUAGCUGAGAUCUGGGACCAAACUGACAUCACUAAAAGGAAGUCUGAUAGGACAAAAAACAGACCAUCAGAUGGUUGGAAACAAACCUCCAAGUUAGGCAUUUGGAUGGAAAAUCCAUCACAGUUCAUAAACUUACUUCCUGCUUGAUCUUUGACCUACUGUACUUAGUGUAGUUGAGCACAGUUUUCCUGUUCAACAAGGGAUUAUUAGCAACACUUCAGGUGCUCUCACUUUCAGUUUGCCCUUCAAAUGAAGUGGUUUAGAUAAGCUUAAUAAACUUUGGUUAGCGUUUUUGUGCAACUUCACUGUAUAAUUGUCACCAUAUUCCCAGAUCACAACAAUUACUUUGUUGAGUAAAAUGUGAUCACAGCUGUUAGGAAUGAUGGACAAACUGCAAAAAUAAGAUGCAAGUUGUAGUAAACCACACUUGUGCUUUAAUAAACUAUGAAAACAAGCCUUCCAUGGGAGGGAAAGUA